AUGGUCAGCAUCUUGCGUGUACUCAAGAACAUCCGACAGGGAGGGAUUAAGCAAUGGUGGAGGAACAUGCAGUACAUCGGAGAUGCCAAACACGGUCGACUAGUAGGAACCGACUCCCUAGGUAACAAGUACUUCGAAAACUACAACCCUUACGAGGAAGUCCCUGGUCGUCAACGAUGGGUCGAUUACAGCCAGGAUGACUUUAACGCCAGUCAGGCCGUUCCUGAAUGGCACGCCUGGUUACACCACAUCCGAACGGAAGCCCCUACCGAUGAGGCUAUGAAAAAGUACACUCCCAACUGGAAAGCCCCCUACUGCGAGAACAUCACCGGAACCCGGGGUCGAUCGAUCACCUACUCGACUACGGCACCUAAAAUCAGGGCUUGGGAACCUGUCGUGAAGAAGCGGGAGGGGAGCGUCUCUGCUUGA